AUGGCUGACGAGGUUAUUCUUUUGGACUUCUGGGCAAGCAUGUUUGGGAUGAGGGCCAGAGUGGCCCUGGCUGAGAAGGGUGUCAAGUAUGAGUAUAGAGAGGAGGACUUGAGGAACAAGAGCCCACUGCUUCUGCAGAUGAACCCGGUUCACAAGAAGAUUCCGGUUCUCAUCCACAACGGCAAACCGGUCUGCGAGUCUCUCAUCAUUGUGCAGUAUGUUGAUGAGGUUUGGAGGGACAAAGCUCCUCUGCUUCCCUCCGAUCCUUACCUGAGAGCUCGCUCCAGGUUCUGGGCUGAUUUCAUUGAUAAGAAGCUAUAUGAUGCUGGAAGGAAAAUAUGGGCCACAAAAGGGGAGGAACAAGAGGCAGGCAAGAAGGAGUUCAUUGAAGUCCUUAAGAAGUUGGAAGGAGAGCUUGGAAACAAGCCUUAUUUUGAGGGUGAGAGCUUUGGGUUCCUGGACAUUGCUCUCAUCACAUUCUACAGCUGGUUCUAUGCAUUUGAGACUUGUGGAAACUUCAGCACAGAGGCAGAGUGUCCCAAGCUAAUUGCAUGGGCCAAGAGGUGCAUGCAGAAGGAGAGUGUGUCCAAAACUCUUCCUGACAAAAACAAGAUCUAUGAGUUUGUUCUUGGUAUGAAGAAGAUGUUUGGUGUGGAAUAG